AGCGUCAGAUUUGUAUCAACAACAAAGAAUAUGGUUAUGAGGAAUUUAGCCAUACAGGAGUGAUUUUAGUAUCUCAAGAGUUGUUUGAUAAAUCCAAUCAUUUUUUUAAUCAAUAGCUCCAACACAUCAUGGAGAGAACAAAUGUUUUCAUCUUUUUCCUGCUCGUCCAAGUCAUUUCAGCUGAAACUGUAGACAAGACCACAUAUCAAGAGACUUUCACCGACAUCAAUGAAACAAUCUCUCAGACGUAUCAGAAAGAGGAAGUGAAUAACACAUUGAGCACAUCAAACUUCACUCUGAAAGCCCCUGGGCAGCGUCCCCAUCCUCAUCCAAUGUGCUCAGGGCCAACAAGGAUCAAAGUGGUGUUCAAAUACAUCAACACGCUGGUGUCUUGUUUUGUUUUCAUCACCGGAAUGACAGGCAAUCUGGCACUCCUCAGAAUUAUUUAUAAGAACAAGGGCAUGAGAAGUGGACCUAACAUUCUAAUCGCCAGUCUUGCUCUGGGAGAUCUCAUACAUAUUGUGAUUGCCAUACCUGUCAAUGCUUACAAGCUUCUGGCUGAGGAUUGGCCAUUUGAUGUGGCAAUUUGUAAAUUAGUGCCUUUCAUUCAAAAAACAUCUGUUGGAAUAACAGUCUUGAGUUUAUGCGCACUGAGCAUAGACAGAUACCGUGUUGUGGCCUCUCGAAAUCAUAUCAAAGGCCUUGGUGUUCCGAAGUGGACAGCAGUGAAACUGAUUUUAAUAUGGAUCAUAUCCACAUUUCUUGCUGUGCCUGAGGCCGUGGGAUUUAAUAUGAUGGCAAUGGACUAUAAAGGGAAGCAUCUUCGGAUAUGCCUCCUUCAUCCAAUACAGUCAUCUCAGUUCAUGCAGUUUUAUAAGAACGCAAAGGAUUGGUGGCUCUUUGGAAUAUAUUUCUGUAUGCCGCUGGCUUGCACUGCACUGUUUUAUACUCUCAUGACCUGUGAGAUGCUGAAGAAAAGUAGGACACAGAUUGGUUUUAAUGACCAUAUCAAACAGAGAAGAGAGGUGGCCAAGACUGUUUUCAGUUUGGUGCUGGUAUUUGCGGUUUGUUGGCUGCCAUUACAUCUCAGCAGAAUCUUGAAACUAACUAUUUAUAAUCAAAAGGAUCCCCAUCGAUGUGAUUUAUUGAGUGCCUUCCUUGUCCUGGAUUACAUUGGCAUCAACAUGGCCUCUGCAAAUUCUUGCAUGAACCCAAUUGCUUUGUACGUUGUGAGCAAGAGAUUCAAGGCACAUUUCAAGGCCUGUCUCUUUUGUUGGAACACAUCUUCCCAGACUGUAACACCAGAUGAGAAGCAGACCUUGGAGAAGACGAAGGUCAACGGACAAGCCCCAGAGCAAAGCAAGUCCUGACACAUGAAAGAUGUUGCUGCCUCAUUUGAACAUGUUACUGUCACUGCAAUUUAGUGUUUUUUGUUGUUGUUGUUGUUGUUUUUU